AAUUUAAAUCACUAUUUUUAAAUGAACUGUCACCUUAUUUUAUAACGGUCAAAUUGGAUAAAUACUUUAUUUUUCUUAAUUUAUAACCGAAAAAAACGAUUAGAAAGUGAAUUUAAUGUUACCAUAAACAUUUUGGAAUAUGUUUAAUUGAUAGAGUUCGUUUGCAAUUAAGUAUUUGGAAACAAUGGAUUCGUUUUAUGACGAACCCCGAAGUGCACCUGUUCCUUUGGCUUUUAAACAAGUUUUCACGAAACCUGUUGUGUCCAGCCCAUCAAUUAUACUAAACAGUGAUAUUACCAAUCAACAACUUGGGCCAACAACUUCCACAAAUAAUGCAUAUUCUUACGAAUUUUGGAAACAAAAUCAGGGCAAAUGCACGUAUAAUAAUUCCUACACUAAACCUUUAAGCAGUUGUGAUAAGGUAUAUAGUCAAAAACUAUUCAAUAACAAUAGUUUUCGAAAGCAAGUGAGGUUUGAAAGUCCCCUACUACAUGCAUCUGUUACUCCUAAUAGAAUUAAAAGGCCAGCUGAUGUUCAGCAACGUUUUACUUCCCCCAGUCUAAGUGGCUAUGAAAAAAAUAUGGAUCCAAAGAGGUAUCCUUUGAAUUUAGUUCCUUCAAAACCUUUUGAGGAAAUUUAUAUGGCAAAUAUACCUAGUAGAAAUUUAGAUUUGAGUAUGGUAGACCCUAAUAAGUCUUACUUAAACCAUGGUAGUUGUGAUAUUGAAAACUUAAACCCUCUAUACAAGAAGACAGGUGUAGUAGCUAAACCUGAUCAUUUGAAUAAAAGAGCAGAUUGUAACAGGAGAGUUUUAGAAGGUUUAAAUAGUAAUGCCAUAAAAAAUAACGAAAAACGCUGUGCAAUAGAUCCAAAAAGAGGUGUAAAUGAGGUGGUUGUUGAUUUAUACAAUUAUAAAUAUGAAAAUUUUAAAAAGAACCCUGGUGUUCACCUCAGAUGUGAUUAUGAUACAGUAAUUAAAAGGCCAUCAGAACAACAAAACUGUGCUAGCAAUGAUCGAAUUGUAAAUAAAAUGGAUCAGUCCAUACAGACACAAGAAACUGCUGUUUGUCUUGCUGAAAGCAAAGAUUCUAAUGAACCUACAGUCAAAGACCUUCUACAGAUAAUGAAACAGCAAAAUGAACAGCUUCUGUUGUUGCAAAAUCAGGUAGCAAUGCUACUUGAAAAUCAAAAAAAAAGGGAACCACCCGAAGUCUCUCCAGCAUUGAAAGAGAUUGUGGCUCCACCUUCUAAGGACAACCCACAAAUUUUACCUCCUCAUAAAAACCUAAUCAAUACUCGUCCCCUUUUUCAAAACCCUAAUAAAUAUUCUAUUGAUGUUAUGACUAGUUUUGAGGUGUCAAUAAGACCCCAAGUAAAAAGCAAUAAGGUUUUUAAAGAGCACUUAAAUCACGAGCCGAAAAUUCAGGAAAUAACAGAGAUUGAAAGCAAUUUUUCCAGUAAUAAUAACAGAACAGAAGAUGUAAAGAAUACAAAUUUAUCUUUGGCAUUAGAUGAGCCAUUGAAAGUUCCUGAGCAGUCCCAUAGUCCUGACAAUAGCAUUCACGUCGAAAUGCAGGAUUAUAGCUCAGAUAGUGAUGACGAAAAUCCAAUAAACGUUGGUUGGACUUUAUAUGAUAAUAUUGUGGGUCAAGUCAAUCAGGUUCUUAAAAAAAAGAGUAAAAACGAAAUUUGUAGAGAUAAAAAGUUUAAUCCUCUUCAGGCAGUUAAAGAGGCCACUAUUAAUCACUUAAAGACCAUGGGAAUUAAUGUUCCUAUUGAAAAUUUGGAUGAUGUUAAUUCUGGAUGCGAUAGUAGUAAUUCGUCGAAUAGUAGCUGCAGUCCAACAGAAAUAAGUUUUGCUGUUAAACAGCUCCUAAUGAAAUAUAUGCCAGAUGAACAACUGGCAAAAGUGGCCACUGAGAACAGUCAGGAAAAGUUUGGGAACAGGCGUUCAGAUUUUUCCUUUGCUACUCUUCAAUAUAUGCAAAAGUAUAACUUGUUAGCUAAAGAAAAUAAAACUAUACCAGCACAAAUGUGCUCCCCGGUGAAAACAAAUGCCAAUAAAAUUUUGGACAUAACUGCUUUGAAACAGCAGCCUAAAUUAAUGUAAUUUUUUUAUUAUUAUUUUAUAAUUAUUUUGUUAUUUAAGUAAUUUUAUAUACGACUCGGGAAGUUAUUUUAUCAUUUCUAAGCAGUAAAAGCAAUAAAAUAUUUCUAUUU